AUGAUGCAAGUCCCUAUGGGAAUACUUGGGGACAAAGGCGGCAUCCGCCUUGCUUUCAUGCUGAAUGCCACCAGUACUAUCUUCUAUUGGGGGUGCAUAGCAAUAGUAGGAUCGCAGCAACACCUUCCGCUCUGGUGCUUCUAUCUCUCUCCAGUAUUCAUUCUCUUUGGAGGAGGACCAUGGGUAACUGGCACGCUUGUUUUCGCUGCUGUUAGUGACAGUGUCAAGCCAGAACAAAGAACAGCGGCGUUCUCAAUCAUCGAGGCAAUAUCAGGGAUCGCGGACCUCGUCGGGCCAAUCGUUGGCACAAUGACGAUGACUAUUCACCUCGAGAUUCCGUUUUCUCUCGCACUCGUGGUAUUCUCUUUGAUGUUCUUUCCAGCGAGCUAUAUUCGUGAGAACACAGUGAGCGACAUGGAGGAUGUUGGGCCAUCACCGGCUGAGACAGAGUCACUUCUCAGUGUCGACAGCGCUCCGUAUCGCGAAGAGACUGACUUAGAGCACACUGCCAGGGUCCUGCUCCCUUCACGAGCCGUUAUAUUCGGUAUAUGCUUUAUCUGCUUCUUUUUCUUCCAGGUAGCAAGGGACUCCACGAACUACUUAAUCCCUUGGGUAUCUUUACGCUUUGAGGAGACCAUGGCUCGGGCCGGGCUUCUGUUCUCACUACGCGCAAUCAUGUCAUCUCUUCUAUACUUUGUUAUUUUGCCUCUUGCAACUUCUUGGAUAGACCAGGCUUGGCCAAGUGCAAACAGAGAUCUUACACUUUCUGCAUCUGGUGCUCUUUGUUGCACAUUGGGCACUCUCGUCGUCGCAGCCGCACCAAACCUUGCGACAGUUGCUAUUGGAUUUGCACUAUCGGUCCUGGGAUCAAGCAUGACCGUCACAUUGCGAUCUUUCCUUGCUUCAAAUGUGCAUAAUGCCUUUUCAGGGCGGUUGUUCGCGGGUAUCUCUAUGACAGGAACGAUUGGUAGCCUCGUUGGCAUGCCCGUCAUGGGAGCUGCCUAUUCUUUGGGCAUCAACUACAAUAUUGGGCUUCCUUUCUUGGUUUCAGCAGUAAGUUACAUCGAAUCAGCAUGUAACCCAGUCGUGGCGGGCUAA